AUGCAGUUUCCAAUAUUACUCGCCGGUCUUUUCCUUGCACUCAUCACCACGUCAACCGCCUGGACUACUAAUCCAUCUCUUAAGCUUUGGCGAGGUGGCGAUACCUUCAACACUACCAGGCAAAUCGAAAUCGACAAGAUAUGCAGACGCAUACGUACAUUGACAAAACUCAAUGAUAUCGCGAAAAAUGACACCGCGCUGGACGCGACGAGCAUAUCUGCCAAGCUUGCCCAAGAGCGCAUCGACUGGAUCAAAAGCAACCGUGCCGAUAUAACCGCCAAACUCGAAGAAUUGCAAUCUAACUCAACCCUCACAGCCGAAUGUGACUCUCUCAAUGCGCAGCGUGACGCUUUUCGCGAAUGCAAGGCGUUAAACACGUUGGAGAAGCUGGUAAACUCGACAAAUGGUCAGACUGGUCUCAACCAAGGACCCACUGCGAACUUCCUCAACGGCGAACAGAAGCAGGGGUUACAACAAAAGUUUGAAAAGGCGUUGUUGAAGCUACAGGAGCUCAAGGCCAACGCUACACUGAUGGGUCUCUGUAACAGCGAUGCCGUGUUGCAGCAGAACGGCGCAAUCGGCAGUCCAGCAGAACAACGUGUACCGCCCUGGGAAACACGAGAGGGCUAUAACGGCCGCCCCGAAGGUCGUCGCACAAAGUUUUCGGAUCCUUCUUGGAUGCUCAAGCGCGUUCGAAAAGGACAACAGCGCAUUCGCACGAUCGCGAUAUUCGACGUGCAAUCUUCCUCUGCCGCUGUCACCGGCAACGAGCCCUACGAUCUUCUCUGCAGCCAUAGCUGGAAGAGUGCUCUGAAGCCCACCAUCUACGUCCCGGGGACUCCGCGUCUACCAAGGCAGCUACAGGCCGACAAGGGCGCGUUCUGGAUCGACCAACAUGGCAAGCCGAGUCUUGAAUGCUCAUUUGAACCAAUAUUCCAAGCCAUGGCUGUCAUGUAUCCUACCAAACGCUGUAAUGGCAUUGACGUCUUGGUUAGCAGGAAUUCUCUCCAGAAACUGUUCGAGUUUGCGUCCUUCAAGCGAAGCUAUCGGCCAUUCUGCCUCGAGCUUCAAGUAGUCGGCAAGACCCUGGUGAUCGGUCGAAAAGAGAAAGAUCCAAAAGUCUUCCAGUCAAAAGGAUGCGGCCAUAACUUCGAAAAUGCUUUCACUUGCGAAGACCCCAACCUCCAGGACGUCGACGGACAUCACAGGGUCAUUCAGUACCAGAUGGGAGAUUUACAGCUAGCAGUUAGGAUUGAAGCUGAUGCAUAUCUUCAAUAUAUCGAGCCUGCCUCUCAAAACUACGACAACUACGACCCACAAGAGUUCUUCGACAAUAUCAUGCACAUCUUCCAACCAGCCAGUCACGCCAUAGUAACCCACAGCAACAACAGUCAAACCUUUGUCAUAAACUGUGGCACAUGCCAGCCUCACAACUCAACGAUAGAGCUCAAGUCAAACACUAAGAAGCGUCAAGCGAGUGAGCAAUGCUGGUUCGGCCGCACAUCGCUUUGCGUCUUUGGUCACCACUACCGUAAUCUCAUAACAAACGUUAGGGAGGUACGUUGGUUUGAGAAAGACUUCGAGAUAUGGGCACAGGACCACCAGCGGCAGCUCAAGCGACUAGUAUGGCUGCUGGAGGAACUGAGACGCGUGGUGCAAGGGGCACCGGGAAAGAAGGCUGUGCUGGUAGCGGUAGAGAAGGGCGCGCCGCUGCAGAUCUUCGAGAUGGAGGGUGAGAAGGGUCUGCUUCCGAGGGAGAUUAUCGAGAGAUUCUGGGAUGAUGUGAGUCUUUGA